AAGUGUAUGGAUGGGUGUUGGUGUUGGAGUGGAGCUUUUGGUAGAAAACGAUAUCAACAGAUUAAGAGCGUAAUGAAGUAUGUGCAAGUGAUAUACGACAACGCUUCAGGAAGAAAUAGAGUUUUUUGUUUCAUGACUAUGUCGAUGGUCGAAGAAGUAGAAGAUGCCACACAUAAAUUCAAUGGAUAU